AUGCUGCAGUCGGUGCCUAACACAGUGUGGAGCUGGAGGGACACAGCAGGUCAGGCGCCAUCAGUGGAGCAGCAGUGUCGACGUUUCCGGUUUACACCCGUCAUCGGGGACUUGCGUUCCCCCGUCUAUUUCCGCUGUAAUGGGUCACUGACCACCGGGGACAAGGGCAGGCAGAGGAGGCGCACAGCUUUGUACAAGAAGCCGGUCAGCAAUGGGGUCAAACCUGACUUUAUCCGCAUCACACCCACCCCCCUCGCCUCCAAGGCACUGAGCAACUCGGACCAACACAGUGUGUUCUACACUCUGUCUCAGAGUCGGUCAGUCAUUGUGGAGUAUGGUCACGACAGUAACACCGAUAUGUUCCAGAUCGGACGAUCGACAGAGACGCUGAUUGACUUUGUGGUGACAGACACGACCCCCGGUAACUGUUCGACGGGGGGGCUCCACACCACGCAGAGCACCAUCUCCAGGUUUGCUUGCCGGAUCAGCUGUGAACGGGACCCCCCCUACUCCGCCCGCAUUUACGCUGCUGGGUUCGAUUCCUCCAAGAACAUCUUCCUCGGUGAACGAGCAGCCAAAUGGCGAACUCCAGAUGGGCUGAUGGAUGGUCUCACCACCAACGGAGUCCUGGUGAUGCACCCCAGGCAAGGAUUCUCAGACGGCUCCGUGCCUGGCGUCUGGCGGGAGAUCUCCGUUUGUGGAAACGUGUAUGCCCUGCGGGAGACCAGGUCAGCACAGCAGAGGGGCAAGCUGGUGGAGAAUGAGUCGAACGUGCUCCAGGAUGGUUCGCUGAUCGAUCUGUGCGGAGCCACCUUGCUGUGGCGCACGACCGAGGGCCUGGACAAGGCUCCAACCCUGAAGCACCUGGAGGCUCUGAGGCAGGAAUUCAACGCGGCCAGGCCGCAGUGCCCUGUUGGCUUCAACACGCUGGCGUUUCCCAGCCUGGAGCAGUGCAAUGUGGUGGUGAAGAAACAGCCCUGGGUGUAUAUCAGCUGCGGUCACGUGCACGGUUACCACAGCUGGGGCUGCCGCCCCGAGGCAGGGGGAGGGGCGGGCACUGAGCGGGAGUGCCCCCUGUGCCGGAGGGUGGGGCCCUAUGUGCCUCUGUGGAUGGGCUGCGAGGCGGGCUCCUACCUGGAUGCAGGGCCCCCCAGCCACGCCUUCUGCCCCUGUGGCCACGUCUGCUCGGCCAAAACCGUCAAGUACUGGGCAAGGAUCCUGCUCCCCCAUGGCACACAUGACUUCCACGCUGCGUGCCCCUUCUGUGCCACAUGGCUAACGGGUGACAAGGGAUACAUCAAGCUCAUCUACCAGGGGCCAGUGGAUUGAAGGGCCUCCCGCCCACCCCUGCCUUUCUACCUCUGGUAUGUUCACAGCUCGCUCCACACAGACAACAGUCAUCUCUCCUACGCCCACUGCUCUCUGGAGUCAUUCUACUUAUGCAAAAACGUCACAUUUGUACAAAAAACAAUAAUAUUUGCCAGUGCAAAAAAAAGUUGAAAGCAGCAGUUCUAAA